CGCCCUUUCCAACCAGGUUUCGCACCCAAGGGACCCCCCCGGCUCCUUUUCUCACACAAUUGGCGAGAACGCCCCCAUGUCCGGCCACGAGCCGACGGAUGCGGAGGGGCUCAUCCUCUUCGAAGCCUCCAACGAUGGCAACGAGGAGACGCAGGGCGAUACCACGCAGCCGGACGCGGAGAACGUGCAGGCGCCGGUCUUGCACUGGGCCUGCGCUAUGUGCAUGUUCGCCACGCUGCUGUGCCUUAUGACCAUCGCCAGCAUCUGCUUGUUGGUGUGGCUUGCAUACGAGUACACAAAGUACAGCGCGGACAGCUGUGACGUGCCUCUCCAGUUCUGGGUGCAGGUGGUUUCGCUGACGGCCCUCUUCAACUUGGCGUGCAACCAGCAGGACAGGUACGGCACCUUGGGGGCUCGGAUCUUCUGCGGCUGGCGCUUCGACCCGGAGAACCCGGAGCGGAUGCCCGUGAGGGUGCAGGCCUACAACUUGCUGGUGCCCAUUUUCACCGCAGUUUGGAAUUGCGUGGGCCUCUACUGGGUCAGCCAAGCCAAAGAGCCUGCAUUGCAGGAUCGAGGGCUGAACGGCACGGCGGUGGAGGAGCCGGAGGUGAGACCCUGCAAGGAGGUAGCACCCGGGCUGUUAGCUGCCAUCCGCGCGUACGCCAGCUUCAACCUCCUCUACUCCUUGUUCAUCCUCAUUGGCGUGGCGGGCCUCUCACAGAUCCUCUACUGCCUGGCCAGAAGAGGCCUCAUCCGAGUCAGUGACGCGGCGCCGCCUGGGUCGCUGGAGCGCAACACGGAGGAGGUGACCCUGGAAGAUCCGGCCACCUUGGAGCAGACGAGCUGCUCCAUCUGCCUCGAGGACUUUGCCCACUCAGAGGGCGUUCUCGUGAAGACGAAGCAGUGUGGCCACGUCUUUCACAAGGCGCAUCUCCAGAAUUGGUUGAUGGUGCACAGGACCUGCCCGCUUUGCCGUAGCGAUCUGGGCAUCUCCGACCGCUGAGCCGGGCCGCGGCCCUUGGCGCGUUUCGGCGCUGCCCCGGGCCACGAGCUCCUUUUCACCGUUUUGGUUUCC